AUGGGUGAUAUUUACUCGAAAGCAAGUCUGGUCCUUAUCUGGCUUGGGCCUGCUGUUCCAGGAAACUACUCUUUGUUCGGAUUUCUUAACGAAUUUGAGAGUCUAAGAAGCGUGGAUCAAGAGACUCAAACUCUCUUAUCAACACAGAUCUAUCAGGUCGUCCAAGCGAGUGCUCUACUGGAGUCUUUCAAAACCAUGUAUCAGCGGUCAUGGUUCCAGCGUAUUUGGACUCUCCAGGAAGUAGCGUUAGCCAAGGAUUCCUUGGUUAUUUGUGGCGAUUCGAAAAUCUCCUGGUCGCUUCUUGUGUACGCCGUAGAUCAACUUAGGGCGGCAGAGAACAGUACUGGUGUCUACGGAGACUUCUCUACGUUCAACUCUGCGAUAUCCGCGCACCAGAUCAUGGUACAGAGUCUUCUGCCAGGACCUCAAAUCAGUUCGGCUAUGAACCCGAAUCCGGAUAGCCCAAUCACGCAAAUCCUAGUAAUGUCUCUCCGUAGACGCGCUACCGAACCCAAAGAUCAUAUAUUUGGCUUGUACUCCAUACUUCAACGACUGGGUGCCAACCUGCCUCCUCCGGACUAUGAACGAAGUACCAACCAGAUAUUUACCGAAGCUGCAAGGCUAGCCAUUGAGAAAGACAACAGUCUUUGGAUUCUGGAUUUUAUUGACGGUAUUGAAGAGAAGCAGCACUGGCCAUCAUGGGUGCCAACCUGGGUCCAGAUGAUGGGUCCAGGCCCCAUAGAAGUGAACGCACUCCAUCCCGGUGCCGCUGGGGACUCUCGACCGCGAUAUGAAUUUUCAGAAGAUAGUAGACGUCUCACCCUUCGCGGCAAGAUUGUGGAUAAGAUCAUGAUGAAAGCAGAAAGGUCGCCUUGGUUUGGUGUCCGGUACCAGUUGGAUUGGGAGGACAUGCAUAUACCCGCUCUUCAGGAGAGGGAAAACUCCAUCAAAGCCUUCCAAGAGUGGAUAACAGUUUUUCACGUCUUCAAAAUGAUGGCGCGGAACACUCCAGCGAACAGAUACGGGGACGAUUCACAGCAUAUCAUCGCCUUCAUCCGUGUAUUACUGCAAGACUUUACAGUUGUACCUGAUAGCGUGAGGAAUGUUCAUGAACUAUUGCGCGGGUUCACCAAUUGGCAACUUUAUCUCAGUGCUACGAAUCCUGGUUCGAGCAUGCCGAUGCCUCAACUCAUGGCUAGGCUCGAGCCACCGUCGUACGAUCCAUCCUCGCUACCUGAAUGGCUUAGUGAUCUCACCAAGACAAACGAGUGGAAUAUAUAUGAAGCUAUUCAGCAAGAUCCUUCAGCGGCACUGUUUCAUGAUCACGUCGAGCUUGGUACUCGCGCCAAGCUGUUUUUCGUAACAGAAAACGGAUAUUACGGUACCGCAUCAGCGACUAUAGAAUGCAACGACUAUGUAGUCCUCGUCUCCGGUCUCCAAGUACCACUGAUAGUAAGACCCACUGAAGAGGGAGCGGGUCAUUACAAACUCCUGGGGCCAGCUUUCGUGCAUGGUAUGAUGAGUGGCGAGCUUUGGCCAGAAGCAGAAGAGGAUUUGAUGGAUCUCACGAUAGUAUAA